UUGGCUCCAAGUAGUAACCUCAACCUGAACGAAGAAAAAGAGAGAGAAAGAGAAUACAAAAAGGUGUUUGUUGGCCUUAUUUUAUCUGUUGCUUUGAUACCAAAUUUGAAGAAAUCCAUUUGCAAUAGCAGCAGAUUUAAGCAUUUUCAGUAAAGAAAUGCAAUCAUUGUUAUUGUUAGCAUCGUUAUAAGAUUAGAGAUUUGUUUGUUUCGUCCCACUCGUUUGAUCCGAAACAAAGUCCAUGGGUGCACCCACCGCUUCAGCCACCACCGCCGUCGGUCAAACCGAGAUUAAUUGGGACAAGCUUAACAAAACUAAGUUUUAUGUUGUUGGAGCUGGCCUCUUUACAGGAGUAACUGUGGCACUGUACCCAGUCUCUGUUGUAAAAACUAGGCUGCAGGUUGCAUCAAAGGACGUUGCUGAGAGAAAUGCAUUUUCUGUCAUCAAAGGCAUUCUAAGAACAGAUGGGAUUCCUGGUUUAUACAGAGGGUUUGGUACAGUAAUAACUGGUGCAGUUCCAGCUAGGAUAAUUUUUCUUACUGCUUUAGAGACCACGAAAGUGGCUGCAUUUAAAAUGGUUGAGCCAUUUAAGUUAUCUGAGCCUACAGAGGCAGCCAUAGCAAAUGGAAUUGCUGGAAUGAUAGCAUCACUUUUUUCACAGAGUGUAUUUGUUCCAAUUGAUGUGGUAAGCCAAAAGUUGAUGGUGCAAGGAUUCUCGGGCCAUGCAAAGUACAAUGGUGGUUUGGAUGUUGCUCGUAAGAUAUUAAAAUCUGAUGGCAUUCGUGGAUUUUAUAGAGGUUUUGGCCUAUCUGUUAUGACUUAUUCCCCAUCUAGUGCUGUAUGGUGGGCAAGUUAUGGUUCAAGCCAACGCGUCAUCUGGAGUCUCUUAGGCCAACGCACUGAUUUUGAGGAAGCUGCUCCUAGCCAGUCAAAAAUAGUGUUAGUUCAAGCAACCGGAGGAAUUAUUGCAGGAGCAACAGCAUCCUGCAUCACAACCCCAUUGGACACCAUUAAGACACGCUUACAGGUGAUGGGACACGAAAAAAGGAACACUGCUAGACAAGUUGUUAAAGGCUUGAUUAUGGACGAAGGUUGGAAAGGUUUAUACAGAGGGUUGGGUCCAAGAUUUUUCAGCAUGUCAGCCUGGGGAACCUCAAUGAUAUUGGCUUAUGAAUAUCUGAAGCGUUUGUGUGCGAAAGAUGAAUUGGUGUGAUAUAUACGUAUCAUAUAAUGGUCCACAGCCCUGCUUCUUCCCAGCAUGAAAGGCAUUGAGAUUUUGAUCCAAAACUGGCUGGAUUCAGCGUUUUGUUGACAAUGGCUGUUUUGGACAUGCACUAGAAUGAUUGUUGUGCUUUAGAGUUCCAGAGCCAGAAUAUGCUGUUGAUCAGGGAGCCAUUUUGGAUAACAACUGGACUACCUAACUAAUUCUUGGAAACAAUUGUUGGAUCUUCUAAGACUUUUUUUAGCUAGAUAGUUGUUAUUUCCUUCUUUUACGAUAUAACUAAUUCAAUUUGAGAUUCCGGAUCUGGCAACUGCAUUCUUUGACACAUUGAGUACAUCCUACAGCAAAAAGUUGUAUCACAUAUAGCAAAUAAUUUUAAUAUUUUUGAGAUAUAUCUAGUUUCUUGUGAAAUUUUCCUGUUUGGAUCU